GCCAGCCUAGAGAGCAGCCAGCCAGUGUGGGGCUGGCCAUGUAAGGGCCCCAGGAGGUCCUGCCCGUCCCGUGCCCUGCGGAAAGCCUCGUGCAGCCCUGGGCACCGCCCCUGCCCUGCCCUGACCCCUUGGCCUCGAAAUGCUGUCAUCGGAGGAGCCGUCCCGCUCGGGACAAGGCCAGGAUGGACAAAGCUAGAGCUUGGGCAGGCGAGGAGCCAUCCUGUCCUCGAGGCCGUGGGAAGAGAAGCACGCACCGGGGCCCACUCCUGAGAGCCUCUCCGCCCACCCGGCCUCUGCAGAAGGGCCACUAUGGCUCUGGCCGGAGCCGGCAGCCAGCUGGGGACCCUGGUGUGGGGAGCCUGCCUGUGCGUCCUGGUGCACGGGCAGCAAGAGCAGCCAGGACAGGGCUCGGACCCAGGACGCUGGCGGCAACUGAUCCAGUGGGAGAACAACGGGCAGGUGUACAGCUUGCUCAAUUCGGGCUCUGAGUACGUGCCUGCGGGGCCCCAAAGAGGGGAGAGUAGCUCCAGGGUGCUACUGGCAGGCGCGCCCCAAACGUCGCAGCGGCGCAGUCAGGGGGGACCCCGGCGUCGGCAGGCGCCGAACCUGCCCCUGCCCGGACGCGUGGGUUCGGACACUGUGCGCGGCCAAACGCGGCACCCGUUCGGCUUCGGCCAGGUGCCAGACAACUGGAGAGAGGUGGCCGUCGGGGACAGUAACGGGAUGGCUCGGGCCCGCACCUCCGUCUCCCAGCAACGGCACGGGGGCUCCGCCUCCUCCUCGGUUUCGGCCUCGGCCUUCGCCACCACUUAUCGCCAGCCAUCCUCCUACCCGCAGCAGUUCCCCUAUCCGCAGGCGCCCUUCGUGAACCAAUAUGAGAACUAUGACCCCGCGUCGCGGACCUAUGAACAGGGCUACGUGUACUACCGCGGUGCGGGCGGAGGCAUGGGCGCAGGGGCGGCGGCGGCAGCUGUAGCCUCGGCUGGGGUCAUCUAUCCCUUCCAGCCCCGGGCACGCUACGAGGAGUACGGCGGUGGGGGCGAGGAACAGCCCGAGUACCCGGCGCAGGGCUUCUACCCAGCCCCAGAGAGGCCCUAUGCGCCCCAGCCCCAGCCUCAGCCCCAACCUCAGCCGCAGCCUCAGCCCCAACCUUCCGACGGCCUUGACCGUCGUUACUCGCAUAGCCUGUACAAUGAAGGCACCCCGGGAUUCGAGCAGGCCUACCCUGAUCCCAGCACCGACGUGUCGCAGAUCCCGGCCGGGGCCGGUGGCACCUACGGUGCCGCUGGCGAUCCCCGUCUCGGCUGGUACCCGCCCUAUGCAGCCAAUGUGCCUCCCGAGGCCUAUGUCCCUCCGCGUGCGGUGGAGCCGCAGCCCCCAUUCCGCGUGCUGGAACCACCUUACUUGCCUGUGCGAAACUCUGAUGCGCCCUCCCAGGGUGGGGAGAGGAACGGUGCCCAGCAGGGCCGUCUCAGCGUGGGUAGUGUGUACCGACCUAACCAGAAUGGUCGCGGCCUCCCUGACUUAGUCCCAGAUCCCAACUACGUGCAGGCAUCCACAUACGUGCAGAGAGCCCAUCUGUAUUCCUUGCGUUGUGCGGCAGAGGAGAAGUGCCUGGCCAGCACAGCCUAUGCUCCUGAGGCCACCGACUAUGACCUCCGCGUGCUGUUACGAUUCCCCCAGCGUGUGAAAAACCAGGGCACGGCAGACUUCCUCCCCAACCGGCCACGCCACACCUGGGAGUGGCAUAGCUGUCACCAACAUUACCACAGCAUGGACGAGUUCAGCCACUAUGACCUACUUGAUGCAUCCACGGGCAAGAAAGUCGCCGAGGGACACAAGGCCAGCUUCUGCCUGGAGGACAGCACCUGUGACUUCGGCAACCUCAAGCGCUAUGCGUGCACCUCACACACGCAGGGCCUGAGUCCAGGCUGCUAUGACACCUACAAUGCGGACAUCGAUUGCCAGUGGAUCGACAUAACGGAUGUGCAGCCUGGGAACUACAUCCUCAAGGUGCACGUGAACCCCAAGUACAUUGUUCUGGAGUCUGACUUCACCAACAACGUGGUGAGAUGCAACAUCCACUACACAGGUCGCUUCGUCUCUACAACAAACUGCAAAAUCGUCCAGUAUGUGUUUGCCCACCCCCUGACUCCUACCCCAACCACAUCCCUGCCUGGGGAGCAGACAGGACUCCCUGAAAUACCUAAGACGCCUGCACUUUGGGGCUGA